UGAAAAAACUUUUACAAUAUUAAAUUUUUCGUGUUUUCAUUUUGUUUUGCGCUGUUCAAAUCGCUCAUUUUACAAUAUAUCAAAUACUGAAUCGUUUAUGCCUCGAGAAAAAACUUUUCUUUGUUCACAAUUUCCUAAAAAAUCCAACAAAACUCCAAGGUGAAAUUAAUGUCGCAAUUCUUGGCCUGGCAUCAUGCAGUUACGUUUGCAGGAGCACUUUUUGAAUAAAAGUAUGCUAAAAACCAAAUUGGAAUAUUUUUCCGAGUGAAUGCGAAUAUAGUUCCUCUCUGAAAAAACUUAUAGUUCUAUGUCUUUUUGUCAUCCUUGGUUUUACCUGUUGGUUUUUUGACCAAUUCUAGCCGGCUAUAAAAUUUAGGGGCACUGCUGGACUACAAGCGUUUGUGUACAAGCAGGCUUCAGCAAAGGUAAAGCAAGCGAAGUUGCCUACCUACAGUCACGUGCACGUGUCUCGUUGGUUAUGUGAAAUCUGUCAAUUUCAAAAUUUUUAGGUUAUGUUGAUGUUUAAAGCGUGCUCACGCCGUGUUUUGUGAGAAUAUUUGAAUUUUCUCUUCAGUUACCACAUUUAUCUGAAAAAUGGGCAAACCAGAUUUCUCGCCUGGUAACCGAGGAGGCGGUGGUAGAGGAGGCAGAGGCGGCUUUGGAGGGGGCCGAGGAGGCGGCAGAGGAGGUUUCGGUGGCCGAGGGGGUGGCGGCGGUAGAGGAGGAGGUAGAGACAGUUUUGGGGGAGGCGGCAGGGGCAGAGAUAGUUUUGGAAGGGGAGGUGGAAGAGGGCGUGGUGGAGGAACACCAAGAGGUAGAGGAGGAAAACCUGGGGGCUUCAAGGGUGGAAAAACUGUGGUUAUUGAGCCACACAGACAUCCUGGGGUAUUCAUAGCUAGAGGAAAAGAGGAUGCUCUAGUCACUCUUAAUUUAGUUCCUGGUUCUGACGUGUAUGGAGAGAAGAGAAUAUCAGUAGAGGAAAAUGGUGAAAAGAAAGAAUAUCGUGUCUGGAACCCAUUUAGAAGUAAAUUGGCUGCUGCAAUCUUGGGUGGUGUUGACCAGAUCCAUAUGCCACCAGGCAGCAAGGUGCUCUACCUAGGUGCUGCCUCUGGUACUACAGUUUCUCAUGUCUCAGAUGUUGUCGGGCCUGAAGGGCUAGUAUAUGCUGUAGAAUUCUCACACAGAUCUGGAAGAGAUCUGUUAAAUGUGGCAAAGAAAAGGACCAACAUUAUUCCUAUUAUUGAAGAUGCUAGGCAUCCCCUCAAAUACCGAAUGUUAGUAGGGAUGGUGGACACCAUCUUCGCGGACGUAGCUCAACCAGACCAGGCGCGUAUCGUCGCUAUCAACGCUCAGCAUUACCUGAAAAACGGCGGCCAUUUUGUCAUCUCGAUCAAAGCUUCAUGUAUCGACUCAACCGCCCAACCUGAGGCAGUCUUUGCAGCAGAGGUUAAAAAAUUGCAAGCAGACAAACUGAAACCUCAAGAACAGAUCACACUAGAACCUUAUGAGAGGGACCAUGCAGUAGUAGUGGGGAUAUACAGACCUCCCCCAAAGAAUCAGACGGGUUAA